GUGUGAGACACGGAUAAAUACGUCAUGAUAUUUACACUGAUUUGAUUCAUUUGGAUUUAUUCAAACAUGGUUACUAAACUUUCACUGAAAUAAAACCAAGGUUCAUUUUUUUAGCUUCCCAGACGUUUCAUGCUGUUCAUUUUUGUCGGAAAGCAAAUUAUAUCUAAAACUAAGCUAUAUGUGAUGAUAAAAAGGGUUUUGAUCAUAAGAAGACCGUGAGAGAGGUGAGAUUUUAAAGACCUGUACGUGGACGGAGAUGUCAGGUGUAAACGGGAUUACUGAACUCUAAUCCGCUUUAAUCUCGGACACCUGAACUGUGGACACUCACAUGUCCACUGGACCUGACUGAAAACACCACUGGAAUUUAUUAUUUUAGCAUCAACAGCUCAACACAUCUUGUCUCUUUUACAGUGAGAUUUAACAGAAGAGGACAGACGGAGUCACAGAGGUGACAGCGCUGACACAGAACCUCGCCUCUCAACAUGACACAGAGAUCCAAUGAAGGCAUCGAUAAUCCCACUUUUGAUGGAAUGGAUGUUGUCAAGGAAACCAAGACAGGUGAGAGGAACUAAAUGUCAUGAUACAGAAUAUUUGGGAUUAAACGAUUGACAGUAUUAAGAGGUUCUGGGUCCAUUUUUUUCUGCUUAUCCUUCAGUUCUUUCAAUGAAUGACAGCCACAAAAAUGUGUAUACAAAAAUACUUCACAAAUAUUUCUAUUAUCUUGAUUAUAAGCAACGCAGACAGCAUGGUUAAUGUAUUUCUUAUUCAACUCUGUUAAAUCACUUUUUUUUUUAAAUAUGUACUAAAAAAGAAAAUCUAUUAUAUGGGUAAAAAAAGAUUUGUCUUGAAGAAUAAUAUAAAUGUCUGAGAUAAAAAACAAGUAGUUUCAUCAUUGUUUAGCAAACACUGACCCACAGACCCAAACACCUCACAAGGGUUAAAAAUGAAGGGAUUGCAUUAGUACAAAAUGCAAAGACAUGGAAACAAUGCUUAUGUUGUAAUUAUUGAACAUUGAAGUUACAACUUUCAGUCUAUCAAUGACCAAAAACUCUCUCUCUCUCUCUCUCUCUCUCUCUCUCUCUCAGAGCUGGAGGAUUUGUUGGUCUCUCUGCAGGAAUUAAAGGUUCAUCUGUCUGAUGUUGAGAGUCUGGAGGACGUUCAGCUGCUGAUGGAGCUUCUUCUCCAUACAGAUUUCCAGCAGGCCUUUCGCAUGCACCGCAGCGUCGCUCUGAGCACGAGACGCCUCCACCCGCCUCACCCGCUCACCGCACACGCCCGACACCUCAGAGACGAGGUGGAAAGUGUUUUACAGUCGAGUAAACAAAAUGAAGCUACAGAACUAACAGGACUAUUGAGUUCGCCACACCUACAGGCUCUGAUGGAAGCUCAUGAUUGUAUAGCCGAGGAGGAUUUUAAUGAGGACUCCAAUGAAAUCGUGGAGGCACGUGGAAAGGGCACAAAACUGGUGUGUCUGGAGAAAAAUCGUGACAUGCCUCUGGGUGUGACGGUUCGAAACGAUCAUGACUGUGUGAUCAUCAGUCGGGUGGUCCGUGGUGGGACGGCAGAGAAAAGCGGUCUCCUCAGUGAGGGGGAUGAAAUCCUGCAGAUCAACGGCGUCUCGGUCCGUGGAAAAAGCGUCAAUGAUGUCCACAACAUCCUGUCCAGCAUGCACGGACCCCUCACGAUUCUGAUCAACCCCAACUCUCAAACCAAACCGACGUCUCACAGACAGACUUUGAUGCACGUGAAAGCGAACUUUACCUACGACCCAUCCGAUGACCCAUACGUGCCGUGCAGAGAACUGGCUCUGUCCUUUCGUCAGGGAGACGUCCUUCAUGUCAUCAGUCAGGACGACCCAAACUGGUGGCAGGCGUACAGAGACGCAGAUGAGAACCACAAACCCCUCGCUGGCCUCAUACCCGGUAAGAGCUCUCAACAGCAAAGAGAAGCCCUAAAGAAAACGAUUACAGACAAGAAUCAGGAACAUCGAGGGAAACUUUGGUGCUCAAAGAAAUAUAAAAAGCAGAGAAAAAAAACCUUGGAUAACCCCGAUAAUGUGCAUUGCAGUGAUGAUAUUCUGACCUAUGAAGAGGUGGCAUUAUACCACCAGCCCCUUCACCGCAGACGUGCCAUCGUUCUGGUCGGCCCACCAAACAGGGGGCAGGAUGAGUUGAGACGGACACUGUUGUCCUUAGAGCCCGGACGAUUCGCUGGCGCUGUUCCGCACACCACACGAAGCCCCCGUGCUCAUGAGGUCAGCGGAAGGGAGUACAACUUUGUGUCAAGGCAGAGCUUUGAAUCUGACCUGACUUCAGGAAAGUUCAUUGAGUCUGGAGAGUUUGACCAGAACCUGUACGGCACAAACACAGAUUCAGUCAGACAGAUUAUCAACUCGGGAAAAAUCUGUCUGCUGUGCCUGCAACCCAGGUGUCUUCAAAUCGUACGUUCCUCUGAUCUGAAACCGUACAUCAUCUUCAUCAGACCUCCUCCUCCUCCUCCUGCAGCCCCACAACAGCGACUCCCUACCCGCCUGACCAAAGGAGGAAAGAAACACCAGGUACGUUUGUUUUCCUCAGGGAUGUACAGCUCGUGUUGUGUCAAACAUCAUACAUCAGUGUCAGAAACUGAUCAUUAGAAAAACAUUUGAAUCAUUACCUUCAAUGGUUACAUUGAAACAAAACGUCUGAAUGUAUGAUCGCAUUUCUCUGAUGUGAUGGUGUGCAGGCAGAUAUGCUAUGAGAACAGCUAUGGUCACUUAUUUGAUGCCGUCAUUACAAACAGCGACCUAAACAGAAGCGUUUUCGAGCUGUUGAAACUUGUUAACCAACUCGACACAGAGCCGCAGUGGGUUCCUUAUUCCUGGGUGUGCUGAAGGGCAUUUACUGACUCCAGAACAGUUUUUAUGUUUCAAUGUUCAAGACUAAAGACGAGUUUCGUUGUUUUGUCCAGCUUUAUUGGAAACAAUUGUUUGGAGAUUUGAGACCGGGUAUGUUCAACAUCGUGUCAUGAAUCAGAAAUUAUAAUGAAUGUAAUUUUACGAUUCACUCAUUUUGACACAAAAUUGGAUUCAGAAUGAGUUAAUUUAAUUCAGGGAUUGUAGCUGAUAAGGUCAUAAACUGGUGUAUUGGAAACAUUUAUCACACAGUUUGACUGUGAAGUGUGAAAUAUACUGGUGUUCUGAACACACGAGACAGUAUAGACUUUUUCACUGUUUAAUGGGGAUUUGCACAUUAUGAUUUUAGUGAUUUUGCUUUACUUUCUCAUGCUGGAAAAAUCUGCUACAAAAUUAUUCAGUAUUUCACAGAAGACGUUAGUACAGUUGUACUGUUAAAACUACUGUUCACUGUACAAAAAUGGCAAAAUGUACAGUAAUCAUUGAUCAUGCUCCCACAAUACAGUAUUACAUUGUAAAAAUAAUAUUAAUUUAUUAGUUACAUUUACAAACGUAUGUUUACUCUGUACCAAUAAUAUCAUAUUUAGGAGCAGUUUUGUGGAAUUUUAAAAAUUCCUUCGUUUGUUCUGUCUGUAAAAUAAACCAUGAUGCAGUUUUAACUCUUUUAACUGUUUGUGUGAUGAAUACAUCAUUUUACAAGAUCUAUGCCAAAGUGGUGAAAAUAUUAAAAAUUAAGUUUAAUUUGUUAAUAUUAUUUCAUGCAUCAGCUAUGAUAAACUAAGCGUAAACAUUUCUACAGAAUUUAUCCACGUUCAACUUGUUCAUUUAUAAAUAUACUACUAUUCUAAUAAUCUACUAUUGUGUUUCUUUAUAAUGCAUUCGUGUUAAUUUAUAGAAUUUGAAAUGUGCACAGUUGUGUUGCUGUGUGUAGAUGUUAAUUAAUAUUAAAGAUUAAUAAAUGCAGUAAAGCAUUGUUCCAUUAUUUUAUGGAUUGGUAACGCAAAUGCAAGUUUGUGUAACAGAAGCUCUACAGAACUCAGGUUUAGUAAAGCGUCCCAGAAAAAAAUGAGCCAUCAUAUAUUGAGCCUUCAUUUUGAAAGGUAAGCAAAUGUAAUUAUAUUCAUGAUAAAUUCUUAUAAAAAUGGAUGUUUAUAUGCGACCAAUAACUAUU